AUGGUAAGAAUUAUACAUAGUUAAGCACAUCGUUACUAGUUUGAAAGCACUCAAACGUAUUUUAUCAGCAUCGAACAUACUAUUGCCGAUUCUUUGAGUUACAAUGAGACAAUUGAAUUGUUUGCAUCAAAAAAAGCGCGAAAAAAAAAUGUUUAAAUAAUAUUAUAUAUUAUCAGUUGUGUUACAAUUAUCUACGUUUAUUUUUCAAUUUAAAGUAAAAUAUACUUAUUAUGUCGUAUUUAUGUCAUCGUGUUCAAUAAAAUAAAAAUAUGAAUUUAUAAUAUAUUGUUUGUACUUAAAAAAGUACCUACUCAUUUUGUGUCUAAUAUAAAAAUACAAAUUUGAUUUUAUUAGUUUAUAUGUAGGUACACAUUUAGAUUUCUAACAAGACCUAAAAGUUUAUAUAAUUAGAUGAAAAAAGAACGGAUGUACUUCGCACGUGGGCACAGCUACUGUUGUAGGUGGGAAGUUGGGGAGGUAGGAUACAGACGGGAAUUUAAUGUAUAUCAGUUGUAAGCAUCGAUAAACCAUUGCUAACGAAUAAACGAUUCUGAGCGGAGUUCAGUUGAUAGCGUUGCUUUGUCAACAAUUUAAUAUUUGUCAUAUUAUCGUAAAAUGAUUACAACAAUGUGCGUUUCCAUGACAACAAUGGUUGUUUAAAAAAGAUUUAAAAUAAUAAAAACUUAAUAAUAAAAAAAAAAUAAAUAACCUAGCUGUUGCCAAUGACAACCUUAUUUGUAAUCUUUCAAUUUUUUUUUACCUAAAGCACCAGGUUUUUCUCAUUGUCUCGAAUAUUAAUCAAAAUUUUUUUUAAAAUUUAAAGACCUCUCUAAAUACCACCCAGAGAACAUUUCCUUUUAGAAAACGUACUAUAGUUGAUAAUCGGAGUAAGCUUCUGGUAAAAAAAGUGUUCACAUAAAAAAAAAAUAAACAUCAUUGUUAAACCAAUACAUGUUAAACCAAUGCACUCAUCGCUCCACUCAGUAUCCAAUAAAUUAAGUCCGUUAGAAAAUAAAAUAAACAUUUAUAACAUUUUUAUAGAAAUAUAUACCGGGCUCCUCAAAAUUCUUCACCGGGCUCUGAAAUCUAUCGGGCCGGAACUGCCCCCGAGGUUUGAAAGCUCUGUCAUAAUAUAUUUACUCGGAAAUUUCGUAAAAUAUAACUAUAUCAUUAGGUAUGUCUCCCAAAUUUAUACUUUUGUCACGAGCACCCAGUGAGGCGGCAUCAUCUAAAUAGUGAUCAGAUGGCUAAACAAUAAAGAGGGAUAAUUCAAUCUAUCCAUACAUGAAUUAACAAUAUUAUUAGGUAUAUCGAAUUGAUGAAGGACAAAAUAAUCGUUUUUUAGUUAAUUUUAACCAGAAAUAGGAUAUUUAUGACCUAAACAAGUACGAAAUAUAAAAAUAAAUAAAAAAAAAAAACCUCAACUUCACUUCUGUAAAAGCUUUUGUAGUAGAACACACCAGAACCUAUGUCUUAUACGCUGAAAAUUUUAUCAUGAAAAAAAUCCUUCAUUAAUAAUCCAAAAAAAUAUUUAUAAAAAUGUAAAUAUUUUCUUUGAACUACAAAAUGUUUUUUAAAAAAAAUGAUGAUUUAAAUAUUAUGUAAAAAUUAAAAAAAUGUCUUAUGAAAAUACUCUGAAAUAUAGAUCAUGAAAAUAUUUAAAAUCAAACAAAAAUAAAUUUAUAGCUGAAAAUAAAAAAUAAAAUUAGUAUAUUCUGGAUCUACGAAGCAUGAAACGAAUUUUUAGACCCUUUCGGUUUUGGUGGGUUUCGCUAGACCUUCGCAAUAACUUUUUGAGUUAUCGUUUUCCUUUAAAUAAUGAUGAUAAGGACCAAAAGUUCUAAUUAUCAUAUUGCAUUUAACCUUUUUAAUAUACAAUCGAUGAAAUUUAUAGUUCGAUGAUAACAGAUAUCGUUUUUGGGAAUUGGAAGCGGUGAUUUUCUGUCUUUGUCUUGGACACGUGCAACAUAGGAAUGUAGACGUGUUAUAUUUCUAACACACCGCCGAUUGGUCUAUAGUGAUGCGAUAAGAAUAUUCCGAAAGCAGAUUUACCGUCAAAUCUACUUAAACGCUACUUUUCCACUUUUUUUCAUAUUUCAUUAUUUUUUUCUAACAUUUCCUUCUUGGUUGUUGCUUUUUUUUUAAAAUUUAGUGGGAUAAAAUCGGUACUUCGGAAAUUGAAUACAGUUUACAUUUCUACGUUGCUCGUGCGUAAGUCGAUAGAAAAUCACCACUUCCGAUUCGCAAUUUUAAACAAAUACAACGUGUUCAAAAGACGAAACAAUUUCUUUUUCGUGUACCGCAGGGGUUAAGCGUAUUUUAGGGUAAAAGGGGGAAAUAAAUGCAAAAUCUCUUGACGUCCCUAAUCUGUAAUAAUUAUAAUAAUCACGAAUCCUGAAAUUUCGAUAGUUUUACCCCUGCCCUAAAUUUAUACGGAUCGAAGCAGGGGCGGCUCCAGAGACUUGAUUGGGGAGGUAAGUCAUAUUUUUUCAAAAAAUUGUAAUAAAAAUAUAUUUUAUAGGUUUAUUUUUUUUUUUUUUGUACAGUUGUUUUUAACAAAAAUACGGUCUUAGGGGGGGCCGCGGUCCCUAAGCUCCCACCCCUCUGAAGCCGUCCCCGCGGAAAUCCGUAUCCGAGUCACACCUAACCCACAAUUAGUGGUCACCGGUUAGGUCAGGUAAUAAUAGUCGAAUCAAAAAUGACCGCGGAAAAAACGAUUCCGAAUAAAAAUGUUUACACGCCGAAAUCGUCACAGUAAAAGAAAAAUAAUAUUAAUAAGAAUUAUGCGUCGCGAUAGUCGAUACGUGUAUAGUGUAUACAUUUAUGAUAUUACGUAUUGCCUGGCGGCUAAAUAUUUAAUUUAGACACACAAACCGUCCGUCGAACAAUAAUGGUAAUUUCCCGAAUUAGUACACGUUCCUGUAUGAUACACACCGUAUUAAUAAUAUCAUAAUAAUAUGGGUUUUCGGGUAAAAUAAAAUUGUUGAGUAUCCAAUUAAAUAGUCGGGAUUUUACUGUUCACGAGGAAAACGGCAUGUGUUAAAAGAAAAUUAAAAUUUUCGGAAAGCCUUCGGAGGGGGGCAUGGCCCCGCGGUUCGCCGGCGGCGAGCGACAAACCCGGUGCCGUGUCCGCGAGCGCGUAAAACGGCCGCGGUCUUGUACGCAACAUCAGGUCGCACGUGCAGUUACAAUAUCGUCACCGGCACGGGCGUAUUUUUAAUAAUGGUGAAAAAACAACGGCGUCCCGAGUGCCGCGCCGCGGUGGGGGCAGCGCGCGGCCGUAUAACUUAUUGGUUAUUUAUAAUCGGCCGCGGCGGCCGUUUGUUGGCCGACGACGUUUCGACGACCACUUGUCGGGACCGUCGGGCCGCCGCACGUGUUUUUUAAAACGCCGGGGCUGGCACGCGUCGCCGCCGCGGUCCACAAGUCGUCGUCGUCGUCCGGAUUUAUUUUUAAACCGUUGACCGGCCCGCAAGCCCGUUCGCCCGCCUGCCCGCGUUACGGCGUUACAAAAUUACUAUAAUGUGGUAAAAUGACCGCGGCGUGGCGUGUCGAGAAUCGCCGGCCGGUGUCGUAUCCGCGCCGCGCAUAAUACGGGUGCGUGCGCGUGUGUGCGUAAGGCGGCGCGGGCCUGCCGCCAGCCGUCGCGCGUCGUCGUCGUCGUCGUCGUCGUCGCCGCCGCCGCCGCGGAGGAGCGGACGCACGGUAACCACCGGCCGGGCCCACGACUGCGAAACGCCGCACCGCGAGCGCGCGACCACACGACGCCGCGUCUCGUUUUUGUCGCACCACCGCGACCGCCGCCGCCGGAGACCGGACCGCGGUGUUGUACUGGCGUACUGCGCGUAAGGCACCACACCGCGCGCGACGUGUCGGCGUCGGCCGUCUGCGAUCAGUAGACACGCGUACCGGCGCGCCGAGGAAUGACGACGUGCGUCGCUGCCGGCGAGCGGCAAUAGCGGUUCCAGUCUUCUCUUCUACGAUUUUUCUAUUAUCGAUUCCGCGGUAGCCGACGACGCGUUCUUAUAGUACAGCCGCACACCGCCAUCGCAGACGAACCCGGUAAGACUAUAAUCGUAUUUUAAUAAGCAUAUUGUAGGAAAAAAAAAAAAAAAUAAUCUUACUCGCGCGCAUGUUCUAAUAAUAUUAUCGCGGCUACUCUAUGGCUAGAAAAGGAUUCGGCGGCGGGCCGAUAAAUUCGAAAAAAAUUCUCGUGAAUUAGGUAGAUACGCCUCCCCCCCUUCAAGGGAACCGCAACUCGUACAAAUUAUUUGUAAUUUUCAUUAAUUUCAAAUCGAAUCUUAUGAAACAAAUGUACUAAAUCGCCUGAAUGUUUACAAUGCUUAUAUAUUAUAAUAUUCAGUAAAAUAUCCAGUGUUAAUUUUUCGCGUACGCGGUAUUCACGGUAGGGCACCUUGGCUGAACCAGGUCCGAAAAAAGGCACCGCCGGAAAAUAAGCUUGGGAACCGCCGGUUUCGUGUGUCUUUAUAGUUAAUAUAUCAAGAAAAAAAAACCCAUCGAACUUUUACAUUUUGUGGUUAAAUACGGAGCCCAUUCGAACAUGCACUACAAUACGAAGUUAGAUUUGUACUUAAACAAUAAAUAAAGUAAAUAAUUACUUACCUAUACGAACGUAGAUAAAUAUUGUAGAAAAUUGAUUUGUCUUUUAUAAGUUGCGCAAUACGACAAAAUUUCCAAAUCCAAUAUCUCCACCUCCCUCCUUGGCAAACUACUGAAUGCAUCACCGACACGCUCAGCGCGCGUAACAAUUACACCGUUGCAGUUAUGUACACCGUCGGAUUCCCAGUUUUCCAGGGCCCAGACACAUAUUGUUUUUUUUUUCUGCGCUUAAAAUUAAAUUUUCCGAAAUUGUUGCCGUAAUGCUCCACGGGUAGACGAAAAAACCCAAUCGCUUAUAAACUAACCAGAGAUUCCGUAUUGAGAUCGAUCGUUAUAAUCGCUAAUAAGUUCGGGACUUUGGGUUUUGUUGCAUUUUUUUUUCUUUUCUGCCUACUACACCGACUAGCGGUUAGCACGCCGUCUAUAUAGCAGCAGCCGGUUAAAGUCGCUACGUGGUACUACGCUAUACUCAGUAAUAUCACGAAAUACGAAAUGAUUUAAUUCGUUAAUUACGUCAACAUAUAACAUAACAUUAUGUCUGUUCAACGUUUAUUUUAGGCGCAAAAAAACUGUAUGAAAAAUGAAAAUAAAUUGUUCGAUUCGAUCGCAGGACGACUUUCGAUAGUUACCUCUUCCCCCCCCCCCUUAACCCUCACGGUUUGUCGUAGCGUGUAAUAUGUGAAUUUCGAGUAUGAUUUUUGAAAUUUCACGUAUUCUAAACCGUUGUUUAUUGUUGAUUAUUUUGCAUGACAUAUAAUUUAAAUAAUUAAUUGUAGUUAACCUAAAAAAAAAAAAGUUGUAGAUGCGCACCUCCUAUAUAUGCUGAGCUUGAGUCGGAGGUGUAGUUCGGAAUAAUAAGUUUAUACUAGGUACUAACCGUUACCCGGUUAAAAUAAAGUAACGGGGAAAAUUCGAACAAGUAAAUUAUCAUUUAAAGCACUAAAAACUUACGAGCGAAAUAAAAAUCUGUUGAAAUAAAAUCGAAAUCUCGCGUGUAUUACGGAUUCGCUGUAGACAGAUAGCAGUCGAAUUAUUGUAAUAAUACAGACGCAACAAUAUUAUACCGGCGUACAAUGUUAUAUUUUUAUUAUACUAAUUUAUUUGUCGAUAAUUAGCAUAAUUAAUUUAUCGUCCGUUAUCGACACAAUAUUAAUUAACGGAUUAAACGGUCGAGAAUAGUACACCUGCACGUAUAUCGCGAGCAAAGUCCGAACGCCGCAGCCGACCUUAUCGCACACGGUAAAACAUUACGACACAUGUGACGGUGCCGAUGCACGGAAACAUUUUUUGAUUAUUGUUUUAUUAUUAUUUAUUUUUUUUUUUCUCUAAAUAAAUUCUCUUUCGGCCAAACGAGAUACGUGAUUCGUGAAUCGUAGCUGAUAUUUUUCGAACGGCAACGAAAUAUUAAUUAUUAAUUAAAUAUUUACGUAACUAACCAACGUAGAUCCGUAUUGUUCUGCACCGAGUAUAUUAUGUUUCGCCGGUAAUAAUAUUAUUAUUAUUAUUUUAAAACCGUAUCUGUUGCUAAAACGAUAUUAUUAUUUUCGGUUUCGGUCGCGUACUUAGCGGAAUGUUUAUGGCGAGUAUAUAUUACACGUGCGCCCGCGGGAAAUGUAUCAGAGUAUUAUAAAAUCAAACGCCAAAAAGUACGCUUAAAAUAAUAUUAUAUUUGAAAUGUUGAAAUUCAGGGGAGGAAGAUGCCCCGUCGUGCCCCCCCUCCGGGCGCCCGUGGCGAGUAAUUAACACUCGGGCGCGGGACCCGUAGCUGACCCGAGUUUCCCCCAUGCCCUGCGUCGAGUAUUUUUGCGCUUAUCAAUUGGUGUCUCGCGAAACGGUUACACCUAAUUUCGGUUUGUUUUUUGUCGAAUUUUCCCCGAAAAUCGAGACUAUUGCACUGUUCUAUACAUACGUAUCUUUUCCCCGGUACUUUUGGACAAUUUUAACGGCUACCACUGGAACAUACGAUGAGCUCCAACUCGGGAGAUUUUUUUUUGGUAGACGGAUUGAACAGAUACGGUUUUGGUUGAAUUUAAAUAUAAACUUCACAGCGUUAUCGGGAGAAAAUGGUGUCUUUAAGAUGUAUAUAGUUUUACAUCACUAAAGACCCAUCCCCAAAUAAAUCCAGGAGAACAAAAUUUCGUAUACGCAAGGUGUAAGUGUCAAGGAAGUGCCGUUUGAUGGUUUCGACUUUCAACUCUCUCUCCGAACAUUUUUAUGCUCGGAUUUCAUGUUUUCACAGGAAACACCGGAUUUUAAAUAGGUACUCUAUAACAUACUCGUGAAAAUAAGUAACUUGGUUAAAAUGUGUGUAUUUAUAAAUAGAAUUGCUGUCUAGAAUGAAAUAUUGUAACGGCAACAAGUCGGUCGGUGAAAAUUCGACUCUAUUGACGGAGUUCUGCUGUUCGUGCGAGUUUUUUUUUUAGAUCCUGAAUAUAAUAUAACGAAGAGAUUUAUAUUUUUACGCGGUUUUUUACUCGGAAAAAACUCAUACCGUUAGCGAAAAUUGUUCUGAUUUUCGCAUACGCUCAAACUUCGAAAAACGUCGAAAUUCUGCACGGCGGUAAUAUAAUUCAUUCGGGACAUUUAUCCAAAUUUUCAGCAGUUCACACACGCCCUAGGACAUUUUUGUCGUCGUUUGAUAUUUUCUAGGUCGUUUAUCGGCAACAAGUGAAAAAGCGCGUCUAAUACCGGGUGGGAAAACGUCAUAACCGAUGAGGCUCCUAGCAGUGGCCUAGACCAGGGCAUUAUUGGACAUGUAAGGGUAGUUUUGAAUAACCCCUUAUUUUUUUUUUUACUUAUCGGUCCGGCCUAUAAGACCUUAAUACAAUAUUUUGCCACGGGCAUCAGAAUUUCUAUUAGUUACUACGCUACCGCGUGCAGCAUAAUAUAUGUUUACGUAAACUAAAUUACCCCGUGUAAUAUCCCGUACCCUUCCCAACUGUCCGCCUACAACAGUGGCUUACCCGCGAACAGUAGUACCUAUUAACUUAAUUUUUUUUUUUUUGUUACUAUCGUUCAUCCGGUUCUCGCAUACGAAAUUUAUUGUCCGGACGUACCAACAAUGUUUAUUCCGCCGAGUGUAUAUAUACUGGCUGUACGUUAUUAUUUUAAUACGCGUAUUAAUAGUAGUUAUCGAUCGGUGGUAAAACAAUUAUGUAUAGUAACGAUAAAAAUGUCUAUUCCGUCGUUUUUACUUUACAAUCGUUCAAUAGAAUAUUAUUCGUUAAAAAAAUGUUAUAAAUAUUAUCUAAUACACACAUCUGUUGCAGAUUGUAUUUAUACAGUGGCAGCGUGCAGCAUACCACGGUCGGUUUACCGGACAGAGGUGAUAAAAAAAUUCGUUCUAAUCGUUUUCUCGUCGUCGUCGUCGUCGUCGUCGUCCCGUAAACAUUAUUAUUAUUAGGUAUCAUUUACAAACGUUUCGGUCGCUGUAAACGCAACAAUACCGUGUUGUUUUUUUUUCUACAAUUUUCUUUCUAAAUCCCGAGUUUCUAAACCGCCGGCUAGCCGGGGCCGAGAUCGAUCCGACAAACCGAUCCGGUUGAUCUGUCGUCGUGAUAUACAGGUACCCUAUAUACAUAUUAUAGGUAUAGGUAUUUACUUAACUGCUAAGGAAACUGCCGGGAGAUCCGUACAGUUCCAGUACGUUUGUCACGUCGAAGGUUGUUACGUCAUCGCCGAUCGACGGAAAAUAUCGUACGGCGUGGCGUACACACGGGUUUUGGUCGGGAAAAGCGAUCCGGAAGUCACCUGUACAGAAAGAAGAAAAAAAAAACAACGAUAAUAAUUAUACACAAACCCCCCCCCCACGCCAACGUCGAAUCGCCGUAUCCCGAAUCCGCGUGUAAUCGAUUUUCGUCGCAGAGUGGUCUUUCGUAACGAAAUCCGCGUUUUCGAUUACGAACGUCGUUAUUAUGACAUUGGGCCGCGUUUGAAUACGUUUAGCGAUUAUUAAAACUUGGGUGUUUUUUUUUUUUCAAUCGUGAUAAACGGACAGCUCUCGACGAAAGUAGUAUUAAUUUGUUCCUUCUAUCGCGCAAGCAAAACGCCACGCAUGAAACCCAAAAAUGUUCGCCUCUUUAUUCAUAUUUUUGUUCGUUCCUUCUAUCACGCAAGCAAAACGCCCCGUGAACAUUUGGGCUCUUUCGUCCAAUCAACGGGCUCUAAUAAACAGAAAUUUAAUUGUAUUUUAGAUUUUGAGUGGAACUUAGAAGAAGCUUAUGGUUUCACCAAAAAUGUUUAUUUUUUUUUUCCGCGGACAAUUUUUUUACCAGCAAUUUUGCUCCCAUUUAUAACGAUAGCUCUUUUUCUGAAAGGAAACCUGACUGGAAAGUUAUUUUAAGGAUGCAUUUUUUUGAUUUUCCCUCCAGGACUUUUUCCAAUAAAUGGGGAAAACCGGGAAAAAACAUGGGAAAACCGUAGAAAAAACGGGAAAAUAGGUACAAUAUUAAACAAAUAUUAUUAAAGUAAAUAUAUAAUGCCUAUGUGUUACAUGCCUAUGGUUUAUCGUUGCUUAAAUAUAUACAUUAAAUUUCUACUCUACUAUCUUCCCAACUUCUUACCUACGACAGUAGCCCAUCCACGUGUGAAGCAUGUCCGUCGUUUAUUUAUCGUUUAUUUUAAAUAUUUGUAAAACUGUACAAUUUUUAAUAAUUUUCUGUGUUAAUUUUAUACAAUAUGUAAUGUUUCUUAAAUAAUAUUACUAUACAAGUUUUCUGACUUCUCUGGUUAAUGGUAUAUAUUCUACAACACGAUCAUGAAUUAAUAUACAAUAGGUUGUUACACCUUUUAAAUUUUUAGAGGCUUCUAUUUCCGAAGUUACAUGGACUGAAGAAGCUGUUGCCGAAUCAUUUCGUUUCGAAAUAUCAAUAACAACGAUCGGACCCCUUUCCAAAAACUGUAUAGAACUUCGCACUCCGUUUUCAUAUUAAGUCUCUUAGAACGAAAUAUUAACGAAAACUUCACCGAUCGCUGGAUUAUUAUCGACUGAAAUGUUUAUUAAAUAAUCACACGACAUAUUGUAUAUUCGACAAAUGGCCUACGACUAAAACUUGAAAAUAAUUUGUCUCAUGUGGAGGAAAAAUACAUUUUAACAAAACCAAUUUAAAAACAUGUGAAAAUAAAAUUAUUGGAUAAAAUUCAGGCAGAAAAUUAAUAAAAAUUUUACAAUUUUACAAAUAUGUAAAAUAAACGUUAAAAAGUAAUAAAUAUUAACUGAAUUUUUGUUGAUUAUUUGAAAAAUAAUAAAAAAAAAAAAACAAAUUUUCAUGUGGCGUUUUGCUGCGUGUUAGAAGGAACGAAUGACAAAAGUAUGAAAAAAAGCUCAUAGUCGUCGCCGAAUUCCUAAACUUUAAUAAUGUAUUGGUUCGUCUCGGGAAAACUCGGUAAGUAAAAUACAUUGAUAAAUCCAUUGUAAUCUAUUUCAAUUAUCAAAUCAGACGUCGUCGUGUCGAACUAUGUUUAUAUUAUAUUAUUGUUUUCGAGUACAAUGAAUCUCAACUAAAACCCUAUUUAUAGCGAAAACGAUUACAAAUAUUCAACGAAUCUCGUUUUUCUAAAUUAAAAUGUUAAUAUUUUCUAUUCGAUUGGGCCGUGACUUGAGGUUGGCGUUUGCGCGCUCGGUUAAACUGCGCAUACGGACCGCAUGAACUGAAAGUUGCGCAAACUGUGUGUCAAUGAAAAUCGUACGACUGCAUUUUUAAACGUUCAAGUUCUAGACCUACUGAGGGCGAUAUCUGACGGUGUGUCUUCAUCGCCACUCCCUUUGAGAACGCCACUGUGGUAUAUAAGGUUAAUUAUACAUUUAUGCUGUAGUAAUUUCGCCUACACGAAAUAGCGGGGUUUUCUUCCGGAGUAUCGUAAACAUCAAAACACAAUUAUUGAUUAUAAAUAGUAAUCGACGAUAAUAUUUGUCCAAAACUAUUAUUUUACUGCGCGUACCUGUCUGGCUGUCUAUAACAAUAUUAUGAUAUUGGCUACGUAAUAUUAUAAAUUCGACUGUAUUUCCGUCAAUAUUUCUAUUUUUUCUAUAACAUUUUGUGCCUUACGCGCAGGGGCGUAUCGCCCCCAAGAGGAGUGGACUUACAUUGGCAUUUAGCAUAGUCAUCAGUCCAGAAGUAGAUAUAAUCAUUAUAUUAUUUGAUAUAAUUAUUUUUCUUAUCAAUCAUUAAUAUUAAAAUUAACUUUUUCAACACUAGGUCUGGAGACGCCCCCGCUUAAGUGGAGUAUUUUAUAGCUUACUUGUGGUUUAUACUGUUUAUGGGAAAUUUCGAUAUAAAUUUUACUUCUUCUUCUCCUUCGCUUUCAUCCCAACUAUUUGGGAUAUUAGUUCUAAACUUCCAUCUGACAAGAUCUUCCCCACCUCGCUUACACCGGCGGUCCUCGUAUUAUUCUCAAUUGCAUCGAUAACCAUCUAUUUUUCAGUCUUAUAUCAGUCGUAGAAAAAACUUUAAAAAAAAUUUAAAUUACCAUAAGAAAAGUCUCAACAUUUUUUUUAUUCUAAUUUCCUUUCGGAAAAGGUACUACACUCAAAAAUCGGAACAAGAUUUCUGGUAGAAAAUUUGUUUAUAGGAAAAAUAAUAGCAAUAAAAUCAAAUAGACAUCAUUGUAAAAUCAACACGUUCCUCGCUGCUCUCAGUCUCACAAAAAAAAUAAAUAAAAGACAACACAGCUAGGGGAGGUGAGACCUUCUCCUAUAUAUAUAUAUAUACAUCUCGUAUAUGGGGGGGGUCCCAUUUACGAGAACAGUUCCUGCGCACGCGGAAUACGCUCCCCGAUGUUGUUAAUAUUGUCGGUGUGCACUGCGUUAUUUCUAACGCGAGUCCAAAACGCCGCCGCGUAAGACCGCUGCGUAUACGCAACGACGGCCGCUAUAUAUACACACGCGGGCACGCACAUACGUAAUACGUAUACGUACACACACACACACACACACGUACGUACAAUCGUAUAUUACGUACGUGUAAUAUAUUAUUAUUAUUUGUUUCUGACGCACACGUUAUUAUUAUGCACAUGUGUGUAUGUGUGUGUGUGUGUGUGUGUGUGUGUGUGUGUAUGUAUGCGUGUGUGUGUCUGAACGCGCGCACUCCAAGUCGCAGCUGGAACCGCCGGCCCGAUAUAAAACUGCGUGCGGGACGGCGCGGUCAUAGUAUACGUGUUACGAUGUGCAUGCAGUGUAUAAAAGUCGUCCCCGCUGCGGCGGAUGCGUUUCUCUCUAAAAAUAAUCCGCACGAGCGCCGCCGCCGUGCCGUGCGACGACGACGUGGUGUUCGCCCGUAAGCUGCAGCCGUCUUUUGACGUCGUCGUCCCGCCGCCGCCGUCCGCUUCCCCAACCUAUAGGUCUUAUUUCCGUGCUUCCCCCCUCCCCCCCUGCUCCCGCUUAUCCCGAUAGCCGCGCCGCACAAUCCCUUUCGCCCCGACACCCGCCGUCGCCGCUGCGAUCGGCCUGCUCGAAAACGUUCAGGAAUUAUCGUACACCGUCGCGCCGCCGAGCUUAAAUAUUAAUUGUAAUAAUUGUCAACUGCACGUUACAUUAUACCGGGUGUCCAAACGUGUUCGACGGAUUUCUCUACAGAGCUGUUAAUAUUCAAAUAUUAUUGGUUUUGGUUUUUUCAGCGCGCUCGUCUAUUCGGAGAAAAAUAAUUUCGAAAUUUAUUUCCAAUGUAACUUCUAAAACAAAAAAAUCAAAAAUAGCUUACACAAUUUUCGAAAUAGCCAUUUUGUAAAAUUAUGUAUUGUUCCAAAAAUUGCAUUCAUAUCCGGUCAACAGUUUUUCAAACAGCUCCAGAAAAAUCCGUCUAACACAGUAGAACACAGAGGUAACUCCAGAGACUUGGUUGGGAGGCGGCUAAUUCAUAUUUUUCAGAAAACUGUAUACCAAAAAGCACAUUCAAUAUUUUAUAACAUUAUACUUUGUAGUGUAUCUCUAACUACUCUUAACUUUUACGUGUCUGCAAUAGUCGAUGGUAUAUAAUUUUGUUUAUUUUUUCUGUAAAAUUUGUUUUCGACUAAAAAUACAGACCUGAGUGGGGCCAUGGCUCCUAGGCCCCCCUGGAGCCGCCCCUGGUAGGACACUCAGUAGAGACGUUCGGUUUGCCGCGGCCGCUUUGGCAUCCCGUUUCUCACAACGUUUUCAGCACGGUAUUUUUGAUUCUUUUAGACUCGGAAUGUUUUCCGAUCGUCAGAUUUCGUCCAAUAUUCACGAGCAUUGAAUUUAUUGCGGGCGCGUAUCGGUCGCGAAAAAAACGAAACUAUAGCGUUCGGUUUUCGACUGCAUCAGCUUCCGCGGUUAUAUUUUGCGCAUUUCAGCAAUAUCUUAUUGUUCUCGUUUCGACUUCCAUUCACACACACACACACACACACGAGCCAAAUUAUAUAUUUGUAAACAAUGCGAUUAACGCGUUUGCGUUUAUAUAUACUGCCGUAAUAGUACAGAAAAUCCGUAAAUAUUAUUAUUACGAUUACCGACGGCCGAACGUUAAAUCAUCAAAUGUCAAACGUAAGAAAAAUCGAAUCAAAUUAUACACAUUCAAAAUGAAGAACUUAACUUAACUCGAUAAUUAUUAUUGGAAAAUAAAACUUAAUAGCUGUGUUUUGAGCUCGGCGCUGUUUCAACGAAACCGGGCUAUUUUCAUUAAUGUUUUUGAAGUAAAAAACACCCGCGGUCACGUCAUUCGCGAUAGAGAAGGGGGAGGGGGUAUUCGAUCGAGUCGUAUGGCUUUUAGCAUUAUCACGAGUCGGCAAAAUUGACUUUUGGAUCCGGGGGAAAAUAUCGACGAACGUUACGCGUAUACAUUUCGCUCGUAAAUCCUCUCGAAUUCAAAUCGAUCGAUUUUUCCCAUUUUCCGUGCGAUUUUUAACACGUUUAAAAUUUAAACGCCGCGCGAAAACAUUCGUUUCUGAAAAUUCACAAAACGUGUUUCGGGUGUAUAAUCAGUGUGGGAGGAGGGGUGGCGGUGAUGGUUCUGUAACCCCGCGCAUUGCGCAACGCCCGGGAGUCUUGGAAUGCCAUUGAACGGAGCAAAGCUUAUCGGUACAAAUUAAUAAUAAUAAUAAUAAUACCAACGCGACGAUCGCGCACGUGCGUUUCCAUUUGCGGACGAAACGAUCCGCCGUCCGUGUGACGGGUAUUUUUAUUUUCAUUAGUUUGCCCCUUGCGUCUCGGUAGACGCGCCGCCGCGACCAAAAAUAAAUCGCGUGUAAACGGCGCGGCGACGUGUUCGGUAGCCGGCCGGCUGGGCAAAUGUCACCUGCGGCGGCACACGUCCUCCUCUUCCCCGUCCGCAUCGCCGCGACCGCGGCGUGUUAACAUGAGUCACGGAGCGGCUGCGGCAGAGCGCAGGACUACUCGGCGCACACGUUAUUUGCGUACCACGUGCUGCCGCCAGUAAUGCGUGUUCUCUCCGUCCGGGUGGUGAUCGUCACCUCGGUGGGGGGGGGUGAGAGAGAGGGAGGGGAAUGGUUGAGCCGCCGUUCGGAUAACGCCGACCGAUUCUUCGGAUUCUUGUUGUCGGGUGGGCACUCUAUUUCGAACUUUGGAAACGCGGGGGGUUACGGGCGGGGUCGGGUGUCGCUCGACUCGCGGGUUUACGGCGUCGGGAAAAUUCGAACAUCCUCCCCGAACAACCCGCAGCCGUGUAAUGCCGUCGAGUAUUUACCAUCGAGGCGCAUUUUUACACGGCGACGGUACUGCCGCGACGCUCUACGACAGUUCGAUACUGUCACGGGACGACGAGAGUACUGCUUACACGCCAAUGCAAAUCGCGUGUCGCUGUCGCGAAACUGUCGUCGUGUGCGUCGCACGUCAGUAGUCGUGACGGUGCGGCGAUACCAUCACGCCGUUGUCAAGAGGAGCUGCUAGAUAGUUGUAGCGCUUAAUGUACGCGCGCCAACGACGAUAAGAUGGGUAUUAAAACACGAAUCCCAACUGUGUUAUUAAUAUUAUUAUAACAUUUGUCGACUUAUAAAUAGAUUUAUUGCCUCGUUCGGUUCGUUAUCUAUCAAGACCCUCGCACGCCGGGCCAGCGGUUCCCAAACUGCGAGGUGCGCGUUCGUACCGUCAGACUUUUGGCGUUUCGGGACUCGGAACCGCGUGAAGCACGACGAAUUGUCGUCGAAAUUAACGACCUAGGGCUUCUCGCGCGGGUGUUGGCGUGGAUCGGGAUUUUCGGCGGCAGCCGCGCAAUCCAAAUAUCGGUCUACACCGGAAAAAGGAAUGCGCGUAUAGCAGUUGCGACGGUGCGCUACGUAACUUUGAUACACGCGGAAACGAUCACGAUCCGUAGCCCGUUGCAUUUUCAAUCGCGUUCAACCGCGUGAGAAAAUUCGCCCGUUUUCGGGGAGAUUUGAAUAGGAAAAAUGUUGGGAACCGCCAGGCGCUAAAGCGAACGUUCGCUCGAAAUUAAAAACGGCCCGUUCGCACCGCGUGAAUAACCGGACCAGUAAAAUCCGCCAGCGUCCGGCGAUCGAUCGCCGGUGUUUAGUUUUAGGCGAACACUCGCCCCGGGCGAUGCCGCGAUUAAUUUAACCGCGACGAUUAUUUCCACUAUUUCCAGUUAAAGAGUGACGCAGUAUCGUAACCUUAUAAAAAGGCGAUAGAGUACACGCCGAUUAUACGUAAAAGAGGUGGUUGGCUGCAACCCCCUUCCUCAAAACUUAUUUAUUUUUUUUAGAUUCAAAAAUCUGGAUUUACAUUGACUGCUACAGUCUUAAAAGUAUACUCGGUCGUGCACCGUUAGACAUCCCGAUUUUAAAAAUAAUAUUACCCACGCGUAAUAUUAUUGAGUACCUGUUAUUUAUGUAUAGGUAACAUUUCCUAUUGAUAAUGAAAUACCAAUCGCUUGCGUUAAAACUUUCAAGUUGAACUCUGUACAUUACGGGUUACGGUCAUAGACCAUCGUGGAGUCGACGAGGCCAGAAACAGUAUUGUUCUCCCAGUUUAGGCAUACCCAUCGUAAUCAUAUAUAUCAUGUCAAAAGUUGUGCGUGCAAUUUAUUGUAUUAUAGUCUUAGUCUUAGUUAUCUAUAUAUAGUACUCAUACAGUCACUUUGAAAUAUUUCAUUCGGUGUAUCAAUUAGAUCAAUUAGUUGUAUUAUUUGAUAAUAUCUGGUUGGAUUGAGCCGUUGUUACAACAAUAUAAUGUGUAGAAUAUUAUAUUUUUAAAACAGAAAUACACCGCCUAGGUCUGCAACACCUAUUUAAUCGGAUAUUAAGCCGAACGUUAGGAAACAAUUGGGUACUCGUAAUCACUUCGACCCUUCUGUAGAUAAAAAUGUUGACGCGAAAACGGUGUAUGGUCCAACACAUUCUAACCGCUUAACGGUAAAAGGUAGGGAAGAAAAAUAGUGAUGCGCAAUUGAUAUACGCCCGCCCUAUAUGCGUAUUAAAUAUGAUACAAUGAGUGUGACAUCAAUAAGUCGCACCGAACAAAAAAUCGAGUAGUAGUUAUGCGCCUCGUGUACCCUCGUAUACCCUCGACUACACCACUGCGGUUAUCGGUAUUAUACCGGUACAUCAAACGAUGAAAUCGACCGUGCGGUAGGGUUUUCUAGAACCCGGAAUCAUUGGCCUUCAUUCGGUCCCGUUCGUGUUUAGAGGAUGGACCCGAAAACGCCUGUUCGUUUCGUUUUUUACCGGGUUUUUUGUUUUUUUUUAUGUAAUCGUUUUAAUAUGCUAGCUGUCAGCGCGAUAAAAAAAAAGUUUCUCCCCGUGUCCGCCGAAUAGGUAAUACAACACGUUGCGCGACAGUAUUUUCACCUCGAAUUCAAAUAGUGAUUACCGACUUAUUAUAGACAAGUAUUCUAGAGUUUUACAAAUAUAUACAACCCAUUGGUUUAUCGACGCAUUAACGGAUCGGAAUUAAUUGGUAUAUCAACGAUAAAAUACACAAAACUAUGGGCAUCUCUGCUCUCUGAACCAGUGUUAAUCUUAAUCGAAAAACAACUUAUCUGGUAACAGUGAUAAACCCGCCCAACCAUUUUAGUCGCGAGGCGAUUGCCUCGAAAAAUCCUGCUUUGGCACGCCACUAUAUCCAAAUAAUGUAUUAUGAUGCAAAAGAGAUAAAAAAAAUGAAAUGAUCUCUGCGGGUUAUCCUCGGGAGAUUGACUUGUACGACCGCGGAAAUUAUGCCUUUUUUAAAAAGAUACGUACCAUUCCGCAAGGCAUCGUUGUUUUGAAGUAUUUCAUAACCAUAUGGUUUAGCCGGCGUUAGCAACAUAAGCACCCGAAAAUAAUAUUUUCUUUACGACUUGAUUAAUAUCGACAUAUCUUAUACUUUCUAUAAAUAUAACAUGCAUGCAUUAUGUAUAUAAAUAAACGUCCCGGAAGAAUUAAUGUUGUAAAUGACGGUGAAAACCGUAACGAAAUCCGUUGCGUAGUUUUAAAGAACUAGCGCGCAGACAGAUUUUGUUUGAUACUAUUUACAGAUAAUAUAUACAUAACAAUUACACAAGGCAAACAGUCUGAUUAGGAAUAAAAAAAAAAAAAAACAAUCCGUGUUCAAAAAAAAAUUGUAAUUAAAAAACUUUUCGAAAUGUACGCACGAGACCGCGAGAUCAUAUCACAAUUAGUAACCACACGAGGUAAUGAUGGAGGAGGGGGACCGAAAAUAAAACAGCCGAACCGUAUGUAAACCGAAAAUAUAUUUGAAUAGAAAAAAAAAACAGUCGACGGUGUUUUAGCCGAAAAUGUUUCGCUCGUUAUUGCUCGUUAUUGUUUCAGAACACUUGAUGCAGAUGUAGCAUAUUAUAAUUUUUAAAUGGAAGACGUUCUGAUAAACGAUAAGGAAACUUUGACCGUCGAUAUUUUGAACAAAUAGAAACGCAUAGAAACCCGCACUGUCACAGUCAGUCUACCGCAUUAUUAUAAUCCAUCUAACCAGCCGUUAUCACACAUUAUUAAAUUGUUCGGUUUUUUUUUCCACGGUCGGCUGUACACUACGAUGAAGUACGUCGGUUUUCACCGUCACGGUAAAACACGUAGGUCAAAACCGAAGUGUAUGGGCAAAAGCCGACGACGGAACACGACAGUUUUUAUGUCUGACGAAACCUGAUUUUAAACACGACGGCUAUAUUGUACCGAAGAAAACCGUCGUAUUUUAUCGCAGUGUAUGCAUAUUGAAUAGAUAAUAAAGAAGUGGAUACAUAGGCCACUCCUACAACAAUAUUGUUAGUGAUGUUCCCGGAGUGGCGGAAAACUGAGGCGAUUUAUCGUUCAACGUCAUGUAUGGAUAAAACGCCUCACUUAAUGAAACUCUUGAAACGACUGUGCCCGUCCCUCUUGGAACACUGAAUAGGUAUGGAUAGCCUGUCCACAUCUCUAUUAUCCACGGCGGCCGUAUUAACAAUACGUUCGGCAAAAAUAAAUUUUUGAUAAAAUUCGGCUUAGAUAUAGCCGCUGUCCGGUCGAAAUAUUUUACGUUUUCAAUUAUUGUCCGGCCAAAAUAUUUGUCUUUCUAUUCAUUUAUCGGCCGAUGUAUUUUCGUGUUUUUGACGCGCUCCUGUAACGGUCGUACCCAUAUCGCGUCCCUUAAAAAAUUCGUCUAUGAUGACACUGGACGUGGACCAUCCGAGACGGCUUUAUCACUCGACGCUUGCUUGAUGAUGUGGUAAUGUCGUAAUAAUCUAGACGCGUUUGUUAUCGACAAUGCCAUUGCAGGUGAAUUCGGGAACAUAAUAUCGUAAACGAUAUUUUUUACCUCGCGUAAACAGUGUUGAAACCUGAUAAUUUUCCUGCGGGCGGGGGAGCUCACUUUUUUUGUCAUCGGUCAUCAACGGAUGUUGUACGUUUUGUUGACAGCCGUAUUUAUUAGGGGGGUGAAUUAAAUUCUAUGGGGGGGCGUUUACCCCACCCCACCCCUCACAUUGUGAUAUUUGUUCUAUAUUUUUUCAUUCGAUAACCAUUUCGUUUACCGUUUUUAUAAUAUACCAGUGUUUCUUUCGGCGGGGGAGGGUAUUAGCCCCUGAAAAAGAAAUCAUACCAUCCCCGGAAGGGACGGAUUCACGAACAGGCCAAGCAAACCUGGGCUUAGGGGCGCUAUAAUUUUAAGUUGUACAAAGGACGCAAAUAUUUUUUUUCUUUCAUUUAAAACAAAUAAUUUCAUUGAAUUUUAAUUGAGUUACAUCUUUAUAGAUGGUUUUUGAAUUCUUAGGCUGCCGGUGGCCUAUAUUAUGUAGGACACCGUAAACAAUUAUUCUUAUCGGGUUUAUCUUAUCAUGUUCUAUGAUUAUACGAUGUCUACAACAACAUCGAAUCAAUUGAAUGCAUUAUCUCUAUUAAUAUAGAAAAUGAACUGAAUUCGCUACCAGAAAAUCCAGAAAAAAAAAUUGAUAUUAGUAUUUUAUGUAAAUAUAAUUACUAAGUAAUUAAUCAAAUUCUUAGUUAUUAAACACUAAUUUUUAUUGUUUGUUUUCAUACAAUUUUAUUUAAUGUAAAAGGCAUGUUUUAAAAAAAAAAGAAUGCAAGAGAUUUUAUUUUGAGCGGAACGAGGAAUGUAUUGGUUUUACAAUUUUUUUUUUUUCUAUAAAUAACUUUUCUACCAGCAAUUUUACUCCAAUUUACAAUUACAAUAAAUAUAAUAAGGGCGCCAUUUUAUACAAGGCUUAAGGGCACUGAAUUUCUUAAUCCGGCACUGCUCCUCCGAAAACAUGACAUUAGUACAUUACAAUACGUAAACUAUGCACGCGAUGCGAUAUGUGAAAUGAGUUAUGGGCCGAUUAUAAGUAAUUUUGUUGGCGAUAAAAUAAAACAAAAAAUAUCCAGUUAUAUAAAUAACCGCGUUUUUUAACGAGCUACGAAAAAAAAACCGUCAUCAUCGAUCGUAUUUUCGUAAUUUUUUCCCCCAGGUGUAAAAAUUCCUAGACCCGUCUCUGUUUUUGGCAUACCGGACGCGCGCGACUGUUUUGUUUGCCCGUGCUCGACUUUACGUUGUCAUUUAUCGCGAUUUUUUUUUUUUUUAUCACUUGUAUUAUAUUUCUCAGUGACGCUGACGGGAUUCAUCAAUGGCCGGGGGAAGGGGGGGGGGUCCUACGACCUUUUCUUAAGCUUACCUAUAGCAAAAAUCACUCCCCCUCUUCCCACCCCAUCUGGCUACGCCCCUGUGACUACGAAUAUGUAUUGUACGAAUAACAAUAAUAAUGAUUGAGGACCGGAUUUAUACAUGCAAGUGCAUACCACACGCGUGUUGGAAUAAGCUUUUUGAAAUCGCACGGGAAUCGUCCCCGAUUUAGAUCAUUCUUAUUAAAAAUAACACUAACUGCGUUUUGCACAUUUCAACGUUUUUUCGUUUUUUUACCCAUUCAACGCGCGUUUGUAGUUUUCACGGUGCGCAUGUUUAAAAAAAUACAUGCGUAUUCCGUACCAUAUUGCGGCAUUUUUAGCAGAAGCAUGCAGUUUGACGGUUUUUUCGUGUAAAUCCGAUGCCUAAUAAUGAUUAUUGUUGUUAUUGCUGUGUAUUCACCGGCGCGAGAUAACACACCCAGCGGCCGCCGCCGCCGCCCGACAUCGUAGAUAAUAAAUAAAUGAUUUUUAUUUGUCCGCGGUCGAAACGCACUCUUCCAAGCGGACCGCCGAAUACUCUAUGUGGCAUCGCAAUCCGGCCAAUCCGAUGGGCACGACAUAUGCGACGGAAUGCCCGUGCCGGCGCGGUCGGCCGUGACGUCCGUCUUGCAGUCGUCGCCGCGUAAAAACAGCGGACCGGGCGCCCGGGGGACCCCGUUCGCCGAACUUUUCGCGUCGCGUUUCGUCGACUACAGUUCCGCGUGCCGUAUAGAACAAUAAUUAUUCGCGUCCGAACGGUUCCGGGGCGACGCGCGCAACGUGUUUUUAAUUUAUAUUAUUAUCAUUGUUAUUGUUAUUAUUAUUUAUUUAUUUUAUUUUUUUUUGAUUUUUGUUUCAAAGAAAUGCCACAUUCUUACGGGCACGUCGACGCGCAGCAGUUGUCGGUCGGAGACGAGCUGUACAACCUGACGCAGUUGGCCGAAGUCAGCAUCGUCUACUUCAAACACCACACGGCCGCCGCUAUCGCCGACGAGCAUCCGAUCAACAAAUUCGAAAAGGCAAGUGGAUUUCCAUCGCGCGCCGUAUGCUGCGCGCGUCAUAAUAAACAGUACAAUACUAUGUUGUAAAACUGUGUUCGUUUUUUAAGGAAAAAAAAAAAAACCCUAACCGUUCGUUUUUGAUAAGGAAUACGUUAAUCGCGCCGUCGAAUGCGACAGUGCGAACAGUGUGAAACAGUGCGAAUUCUGGUGUAAAACACCGGAAUAGUGUACACACUUUUUGGUGAAACGAGCUAAGAGCUACGCCGAAAUGUUCUGCUCGUUACUGUUACGCGUUUGUCGUCCCUCCAUUACGGGCCCGGAAUACAAGCGUACGGUUUUACAAUGUUGUUGUUACAAUAACAAUAUUGUUCGUUUACCCGUGGGCGGUAGUAAAGAAACGGACGGGCCGCUCCGAUAACAAUAAUUAUCGUAGGCCGGGCGACGUUCCCGGGGAGGGACGGUAAACCCGGGGCGGUUCGUCGCCGCACACAGAUGAAACGCAUGAGACCGUCCGACCGUACCCGUCACUCCCGAAACGCCGAUAAGGCGCCUGUGGGAUAGCCCGUGCGUUUACCGGCACAGUGUGUGUGUGUAAACGAACGCGCGGUACGGAUCGCGAAAAAUUAAUUCCGGCGGCCCGCGUUACGCUCCGUCUGCGCGUCACCGCAUUGUCGACGUCCAACGGUAUUGGAACUUCCUAUCGGCCGUAAAACGCCGCGAUACGUAAUGACGUCAUACUAAAUUAUACCUAGAAAUUCGUCGGCACAAACCGGUGUACUACUGACUGGCUUGAUGUCGAUUAUUUUACACCACCGGCGUAACAAUUCGACAACGGAAAUCGGUGCGCCCCCGCCGUCGUCCAAAAUUAACAAUGACAAUGAUAACAGCGAUUAAAUAUUAAUCAGUUAUUGAAAUUAUUGGUGUAUUGCCUGCACCGUACUUUCCAUUUCCCGCUAAUAAGCACUCAAUAAAAAUUAAUUUGAAUAGGUAUUAAUUGUUAUCGUUGUCAUCUAUCUGCUCGUUUAUUAUUUCGAGGGGGGGGGGGUUUGAUGAGAAGCGAUGAAACCGGCGUAAAUAGUUUGCAAUUUGUUCCGGUUUGUACCGGCGAUUCGUUUCCGGUGCAUCUAUAGACGGCGUAGACCACUGUAUACUAAUAGACGGGACUUUUUUUUGCACGUAGAACGGUCACAGACAGACGACGCUCUUCGCGUGUGACUUGUGACUUUUACGCGGUAUUAUAUUGUACGUUGCACUACACAUACAACGGCAAUACUGAUGUGAUUACACUGCACGCCACUGUAGUACGUAUGACCGGUUAAUACCACGGCUACUCAAUAGACAAGGCCAGUCCGUUAGUAUAAGGUCUACGAUAGACGGAACAUUCAACAUGAAAACGCGUUCCGGACGUUUCGGCGGCAGGAGUUUCGUUUCCGGGACAGACAUAAUAAACGGAGUGUUUUUGUUCGGCCGUCCUCGGGGCGCGAAUUUCCUCUCACUCGCACUGUGCUUCUUUAUUUCGUGUCAGCCCGUCGGUCUUGACAUCCGUUCGGACCGACCGCGCCUACCGGCAGUGUUUAAUUUUGUGUGUGUGUGUGUGUGUGUGUAUGUGUGGGGGGGGAGUUGUUACCCCGCGACAGGAAAAUGUACGCCGCCGCCCGAAAACGUACGACGUUACUGCAUAAAACGACGCACGAAACGAGCGGUUACCGGCCGAUCACGAGUCGUCGUCUGGUUGACGGUGAAAUAAAACGAAACGUAACCAGUAGCCGCGUAAAAAUAACCGUAAAAAUGUCAUCAUCGAGCGUAGUUUCUUGAAUUUUUUCUCCCGGGCGCAUACAUUCCUGUGCCUCUGGCGCGCCUACCCUACGGCGGAAAUUUACGAUACCCACUCCCUCCCUCCCGGGGGGGGGAGGGACCCGAAGGUCUGAAAUGAACACCGCCCCUCUCUCGGGACCGAACGCUCCGGCGUCUAGUAUAUUAGACAUCCAUUGCGCGAGUCUAUGAAUAAUAUUAUAAUGACUUUUGCGCCCGUGCCAAACACCGAACGACGACGUCACGCGCCUACGCCGGACGGCGCAAAGAGUUGCGACCGUUGUCGGUAUUAUUACGGUUUACCCCGCGCGCACGUUCCGUAACAAUAACGGUUUUGGAUUUAAUUCAUUCAAUAUUUUUGACGCGUGCAUUUUUCACGAAAUAAUUAGCACGCCCACGCGGUGUAGUUUAUGCAUGUGAACAUUUUUAACGGGGAGGGGGGGGACUUAAAAUAAAAAAAAAAUCGUAAAGGUCAAAACGGCCAUUUUGUCAAGUAGAGUUUUAGAAAAUUGUCUGUGGUUGAAGCUUAUGUUAAAGUGUGGUCUUUUGUUUUCCACGAUAUUUUGAAAAAUUGAAUGAACUCCUUUUCAAUCAUAACAAUACUGUUUGUCAACAUAAAUUGCCAUUAUUGAUUUACUUCUCCAAUAUCCAUUACCUAUUAUAUGAUAAUAUUAAUGCACGAUAUUAACUCACGGAAAAGAAAAUCCCUGUCACAAAACCCCCUGACUAAUGAUAACCGAUUAAAUAUUGUAAUAGAAGAAUUUUUGUACUUCGAAACAAUCACUGCGGUGUCGUAAUCACUUUGGCGAAUACUUCCGAAAGUACUUAAACAAGAGUUUCAAACGCCGAAAAUUUUCUGAAAAUCCAUUUUACAAAAAUGGCCGUUUUUAAUUGUUUUAAACAAAAUUAUAGUAGAAUUUAAAAUUGUUUACAUUAAAUCCUCCUACUUCUUAAAGAAAAAAAAACCACGUUCGUUUACGAACCGUAACGCAGAGGUAUACUAAUUAUUUAAAUAAAAAAUUUUAAUAAAAAAAAAUAUACCUGUGGAAAAUAUCGUAUAGAACAAAAGUUAUUUCAAGCGGCCGAUCAUCGUGGGACACGACCAGUACACUACUAGCACGAGGAGAGAAGGGACGGGGGAGGAGGCGGGGAGUGAAUAGGGUCGUUUAACAUCAUUCCGCCACAACAGCACAAACCCCGCGAUCAAACUGCGCUUGCGCGGCUGCACGCCCGCGGCCCAAAAACGAUUCGCCCGCACGAGCGCUGCCAUUCGCCGCUAUUUUUCUCGUCACUCGGUGGUGAAGGGGGGGGCGGGCAAUCCAGCGAAACGGGGGUGGGAGAAGGUGGGAAACGUUUCGCGGUUUUUCGAAAACGCCGCUGCGUUUCGCGGGUUUUCUUUCUCGGUCGGACGCUGUUACGCGCGACGCGCGACGCAAACCGGAACCGGUAAACACCGCGUAACUCGUUCGAAUUUCCCGCCGUGCGGUACGUCGUCGAUGUCUAUCGGCGGCGAAGACGAGCGCGGGCGUCACACGAACUGGCGCGGCCGCGCGACUAUUGGCGUGUCGUCCGCCGCCCGUCGACCGAUUUCAAAUGUUUUUCCGCCGCCGCCGUCGCGACAAUCUCUCAAUGCCGACGAUCGACCGUUAACGGCGCGUGAUAGCCGGACGGGUAAAACGGCAAUGCCCACCGUCGGCAGUCGCCCGUGUGCCAUUCGGAAAUAACGUUUGCGAAAACGCGCGCGCGCAAUUCGCACGUCGACCCGCGUGGUUUUCAUCGGGUCGUCCGCAAUUCGGAAAACUCCGGCCAGCACGGCCGAACGCUGCGAAACGAUAUUGUGCAGGUUCGGAACAAAAACGAUUCGGACUGUUUUGCGGUGAGCGUGUAAAAACGUAAAACACAGAAAAAAAAAAAUAAUAAAUACCGAAUGACGAUAUUGGGGUUUUUUUGUUGAUUUUCUAAGUGGUUUUCAAAAAUAACGGGGAAAAACUUGGGACAACGGAAAAAUGUACGAAAUGUAUUUUUUUCUAUUUUCGUUUUUGUGUUGUGAUUCAGUUAAAAAUAUUCGUACGGACUUGGAAUUUAAACAGAAAACUUAGAUUUGAGUUUUCUGGACGUGGUAAAAUUUUCAAAACAUUUUAGUUAUUUUUAGACUUUUUAAGUUUACAUUAUUUUUAUUCGGUAGGUACUCUGUGGAUCAAACUGUUAAACCAAACAGAAAUACUUGAAACAUGAACAACAGGUUCAUUAUAAAUCGUACUUUCUGGUCAUACUAAUGUACGCGCUUUCAAAACAUGUUUGUUCGAACUCCUCUCAGAAUCGUUUAUCGUUGGCAAUGAUUAAUCGUUGUGUACAGAGAUAUACAUUCAAUUUUCCUCCAUAUCCUACCUUCCCGGCUUCUCACCUACAACUGUUGGCCCACCCCGUCGUGCGAAGUAUGUCCCGUAUUUUUUUUCUCCGGAUUUUCACAAAAAUCGUUGAAAUCGCGGCAUUUUAGUACUUCGUAAUAUUUAUUUCCAGUCUUCGGUCUCCGUGACACAAUAUAGAUUUAUAGGUCUAUGGUUACCGCAUACAGUAAAGGGGAGUCCACAACUCACCGUGUCGUUUCGUUUCGUGUGAAAUACUUUUUUCUGAUUGGCUCAUAUGAUCAUGGUAGACACACACAUCUGCCAAGGUGCUACCGCGGAUACCGCAGAGUUGAAUAAAAUUCAACUUUUGGAAGUGCUGAUUAUAGCUGGAAAUGUCAUUUUCGCGUUUUCAUUUUAAUAAUAAAUUCGAUUAGUAUUAAAAAUUAAAAAUUAAUAGUCAGUUUUAAUACUAGUUUAAAUUCAAUAUGAACACUUAUGGACUUCGCGAAGGUAAAUAAUAUCUAAUGUUAUGUAAACGGUAAAAUGUACAUUUUUUAAGGACAGAUAUGCACUUUAUGCAAAACGUUUGUUGUAUUAAACACUUCGCACAGCUGUACUUGUGAUGUGAAAUCAGAAAUUAGCGCUAGUGAGUACAAUACCAAGCGGGUGAUUUUAGUAUAGGUCGUUGUUGUACCAUUGAUUUUAAAACCAAUGCCUACUAGUAGAACCACCAGUAGUCGGUACAUACCAGUAGACAGUGGGACGUAACUAUUAAAAAUAGCAAUAUUAUACAAUUAACUAAAGUUAAGUGAAACAAUGUUGGUGUUUUUAUUGUUGUUAGUUAAUCGUAUAGUACAAGUAAACUAUGUUAAUAGAGUGAAUACUGUUCAGGUGAUAAUUCAAUGACAUCGCCUUUUUUUUUUUUUUUUUUUUUACGACUGAAAAUAGUACGAACAAUAAAUAAACCCGAACAAAGUGUGGAGACGGUGAACUAUCGAUGGCAUAAUAAUAAUAAAUAUUCACAAUUCGUGUGAUUUAACAGCGACAUUGUGUUUUAAGAAAAACCUACGAUAAUAAUUACCGCGCGUUUUUGACAGUAGUGAAAGCGAGUGGAGCGAUAAUGUUGGUUGUCGGUAGAACGGCGGGUACGAAUUAUUUCGCGCGAUCAAACAGGAACGUGCCGUAUUUGUUUAAAACGCACGGAACGAGACGACGCGUUGCGGUGUCGGGGACUCAAGAAAAAAAACACCGGGUUACCGCCGUUAAAACAACCGGGUAACCACCGUGAGAAAUACAAAUCGCACAGUAACUCGAAUGGUCAUUAAAUUAUUAGCAACCGUUGUAAUCAAUACGCGCGGGCCGUGAUUUUACGCGCGCGCGGUCUCUACGGCAAUGCGUAGUAUUGAACGGACAUAACGAAAAUAGAAACACAAUCAUAAGCCGAACGUGUCAACCGCGGUUUUGUUUACAACUAGGUUACCGAACUAAUCGCGCGUACCGUAUUCUGACGGCGUUUUGAAAAACGGACACGCUGAAUUUCUCUGUCGAACUUUGCAGCUCGCGAACACGACGUGUAAAACCGUACACGAUAAGUUCGGAGGAAAAAAAGAAAAGAAAAGGAAAAGAUAUUGCGCGCGGUUUUUAAGGGGGAUGCACAGUUUUUCAUUUAUUUCUGUGCCUACCCAACGACAGUGUUAAUUGUUGACGAAACGCGAUUCCGAAUGGAGUUCGGUUGAACGUGUUUUGAAAUGCCAUUACGUUUUUCGGGAAAAUUUGAACUUAAAAUCUUAAUGAAAAAAAAAAAAAAAAAAAAAAAAAAAAAAAAAAACUUAUAUACGGCCAGAUUUUUUUUUUUUUUCGUUGGACUCUCACUCCCAAGUACAAUAAACGGUGAACUCGUGUUAAAUUUCCAAACAUUUUGAAAUACAUAUGUAAUUAUACACGCGUAAAUCGAAAAAAUAGUAGGUAUCUACGCGAAAUGACGUGAAUUUUAUGAUCUCCAUUCCAAUAAGAACUUUCAUCGUGUACAUAAAUAAAACAACUACAUCAUGCUGAAUUUUUUUUUUCACCACCAAGUACACCUUAUGACGAACCUAGUGUAAAAUUUUCGAGCAUUUCUGAUCGGCCAAAUCAGUUUUAGUCACAUAAAACUAAAUAAAACAUUCUAGAAUAUCAAAUAAAUAGGUACCUAAUGUCAAAUAGCUUAAAAAUUUGCCCGAACGUUAUGGAAAUUUUACCAUUUCUAGAAAACGCCAAUUUUUUUUUUAAAUAACUUGCACGUUGUAUGGAUUUUAUAAGCAAAACGAGAAACAUAAAUUAUAAUACGAAAUAGCCGCGGAUCGUGUAAAAUCGAUCGAGACUUUUAAUCCGGGACUUUUUUUUUUCCGAACGUCGCUAAUAUUAAUAGGUACCUAUUCUAUGCAAAUUUUACGUACACAAUUAAUUAAUAUUUCAUUAUUUAAUUAUUAUUACAAAGAAAACCAUGACCUUCUAUGCAGUAGUUUGAUCUAAAAUGUUACGAAAAUGUUGUUUCGUUAUUUUUUUAUCGAAGCGGAUUUUUUUUUUUUUACUGAAACUAGUUUGUUUUUUUAUGCUCUGUUAGAAAGGGCAUGGCGGCGAUGGCGAGAUACUCGACCAGACAACGAAAAAAGUAUCGAACAAGGAACGCCAGUGUCCGGAUUGCGGGAAAUGUUACAGCACAUCGAGCAAUUUGGCUCGGCACCGGCAGACUCACAGGUCUCUGGCCGAUACUAAAGCCAGACACUGUCCCCAUUGUAACAAGGUAAAUAAGCCCCUUAAAACUAGAUUUUGAAAAUCCUAAUAAAAAGAUUUGAAAUAUUUAAUAUUCGAAUGUUUUACUACUGUUUAAAGUAUUAUUACCGUUAAUGUGUUUAUACAAAUACACAUUUUGACCCGGAUGAUAAUACAUAUGUAUUAUUCAAGAUUUCAUUGUUAUUGAGUUUUUAUUUGAUAAAUAUUUAUUUAAAUAUUAAUUUAGGAUAGCUAUCAGCCGUAUCAUUUUUAUAAUGAAACAGAUGUCUCUAUACAACAAUAGGUAGGUGCUUAGAUGUUAGAUACAACCUAUUAGUGAGUAGAAUUUGUAAUGUGCAUACCUUUAUUUUUUAUUUGCAUUUAUUAGAGAAAAUACUUGAGUAAAUUAUAUGAUCUUUUAAACAUUUUUAAUUUCUAUUAGGUAUUUUAAUUUAAUAAAAAAAACAAGAAUAAGAAUAGAUAGUUUUUAGUUAACAUGUUAUUUAGAGAAAAAAAAAAUGAAUUAAAUAAAAUUAUAAUACCAAGAAAUUAGUAAUACUUGUAAUUUUUUCUAUAAAACAGGAUAAUCUUAAAAAAAAAAAAACAGGUCGGGAGUAGCAUUUAAAACCGUCAACUAGAAUUUAAAAUGCUCAAUUUCUGUUAAUAAGAAUUGUAAUUAUAAUUUAUCACUCAUAAUUAUUUGUUGUAAAACCAUACACACACACACACACAAUUUAAAAAUUAUCACAAUAAAUGUCAUUUAAUAUUAAUUUUUAUUUAAAAUUAUUUCUUAACUAUCAAACUUUAUGGUGUUUUAGCCUUGCACAUUUUGUGUACAAACCCAUUAAAUUAUAUUAUUUAUUUUCACAAUUUAACAUGAUUAGCGGUUUUAAUUUUUGAUUGUUCAUUUUGGAUUUUAAGUAACAUUUUAUUAAUUUUAAUUUGUGUAAUACUCUUUCUUUAGAUACAAUAGUCAUAGGAGCAGUUACGACAAACUCGAUUAGCCCAUUGAAGAAUUGAUUUUGAUGACUUAGAUUUGUCAAAAAUAUUGGAUAAUUUUUUUCAUCAUGUUAUUGAUUUUUAAUAGAAUUUUUAUUUCUGUGUAAUAUACAUCAAUAUUGUGAAUUUUCACACUAUUUGUCAUUUCAAGAAAUAUUUUUACAGACAAUUAUUUUUGUCAAAAGGCAUUUUAAAAAUAUUAAAUAAAGACAUCAAUGUUUCACUAGUACAUUUUAUACAUUCAUUUGUUAAAUUAUCAGAUUUUCCAAUACUUGUUUGAAUUAUUUUCUACAAAAUCAUUUUAUUGAAAAGUCUGAUAAAGUUGUUGAAUCCACUCCUUUUGGUAAUAAUCGUUUGCUGUGUGAUAUAGUAAAUUUUUCUCAAUUUGAAUUAAUUUUAAAUUUUGUAUUUUUUAGCCAAACAAAUUUACUAAAUGCUAACUGAAAUUUUAACAUUAUCAAAUAGAGGGGAUGUUAUCCUCCUCCCCUUGGUUCUGAUUCCCAGGGUUUUUUGGUUCCACCUCUCAAAUUUUUCAUCAUACAUUCAUAUCUAUUGUAUAUUUGUAAAAUUGAUUACUGUCUUAAAAAAAAAUGUCCAUAUUUAUUUGAAACUAUUUGAAAUAUUGAAUAACAGAUAUGAUACUCGUUUACCUCGAGCAUGUUAACUCGUUGUAGGUAUUUUAUGAAUUUAUUCAUUGUUUUUUUAUGUUAUAGGUAUACGUUUCGAUACCAGCCUUUUCAAUGCACAUGCGAACGCACAGUCAGUCGUGCAAGUGCCAUUAUUGUGGUAAAUGUUUCUCCAGACCGUGGCUGUUGCAAGGACACAUUCGUACACACACGGGUAAUAAUAUUACACAGUUUAAAUUGUUGAAAUCCACCAUCCAGAAAUAUUAGAAAAACAAGCAAAUUAUUAGAUAACAUUAAUUGAAUACAAUAAAAAUUAAUUGUAUCAACCUUCUUUCCCCGAAACUUUACCUUGUAUUCGUGCUUGACUUGAAAUAUUAAGCACAUUGUUUGAUGUGAUGAACAUUAUAAUUUCUAUCUAGUUGAUCAUGGCAAUGUCUUUAGAGAAUUAUUAGAUGAUUUUCAUUCUCUUUCGUGGCCGCAAUGGCCAUGAAAUUGCGCUAACCUGAUUCAUGCAUCAUUUUACAAUGAAAUUAAAUAUUUCUAACAAUAAAACAUAUUUUGAUAAAAUGCCAUUUGAAAAACCAGAUUUUGUCAAAAGUAAAUAUUAUGCUAUCCGAUCAAAUAACUAGUUAUACAAUCGGAGUUUCAUAGACAUUUUAUCUUCAAGUUGUUAAAAUAUUGAGUACAUUUUAAUUUGUAUUCAGUUAUUUUUAAUGUUAUUCUAAGAAACGUUAGUUCUCUUCUCUGUUACUUAAUAUCUUUAAUUAAGUCUCAUUAAAAAAGAAAUUAUAUAUUGUUUUUUAGGUGAAAAACCAUACGAGUGUGAUAAAUGUUUCAAAGCAUUUGCGGACAAAUCAAACUUACGAGCACAUCUACAAACUCAUUCUACAGAGAAACCACAUGUUUGUCAGAAAUGUAACAAGGCAUUUGCUCUCAAAUCGUACUUGUACAAACACGAGGAAUCUGCUUGUGGUAAAAUGGCACCAUUGAACAAUAACAAUGAAUAG